UCUAUAUUAAAUAUUUAAAAAAAACAACAUUUUCAGUUCUCCAACUCUCAAUCUGAGUGUCGACUGAUUUUUUGUGAAAAUGUACUGCUGCCCAUUCUCACCUUCAAAACAGAGUCUUUAUCCCUCAGCUCCUAAAAAUCAACCAAAAGAUUUGAUUUUUGCUUCAAGAACAUCAUAUUAUGGGUGUUGUAAUGCAAACAAAAGGGUGUCCAAAGAUUUGGUUUUUACUUCAAAACUAAAUGUUUAUGGGUUUUCUAAUGCAGCCAAAAGGGUGUCUAUUUCACUAAUUAGUUUGGGCAAUGGUGAUCGUUUGGUCAAAGUCAGGUGUGGAUUGUCGCAUAAGAAUGAUGAGUUUUAUAUAAGAAGAGGUGUGGAGAUUGCUAAGAAAGCAGUUGGGCAUACAAGUCCUAAUCCUAUGGUUGGGUGUGUAAUUGUCAAGAAUGGGGAAAUUGUAGGUGAAGGUUUUCACCCAAAAGCUGGCCAGCCACAUGCUGAGGUUUUUGCACUUCGAGAUGCUGGUGAUUUAGCAGAAAAUGCAACAGCAUAUGUGACCUUGGAGCCAUGUAAUCAUUAUGGAAGAACUCCACCAUGCACUGAGGCAUUAAUCAAGGCCAAAGUGAAAAAGGUGGUUGUCGGGAUGGUGGAUCCAAAUCCUAUCGUAGCUUCAACUGGUCUCAGUAGAUUAAGAGAUGCAGGAAUUGAAGUGAUUACAGGUGUUGAGGAAGAACUUUGCAGGAAGCUUAACGAAGCUUAUAUACAUCAAAUGCUGACUGGAAAGCCAUUUGUCACACUCAGGUACUCUCUCUCAGUUGAUGGUGAUUUCUCAAAUCAGCUGGGCGCAGAAGUCAUGGAGUCUGGUGGAUACUACUCAAAGUUAUUACAAGAAUAUGACGCAGUUAUUGUUUCUUCCUUCUUGCUGUCGAAGAAUUAUUUUGUUCUUUCAUCUAAAGAACCAGGAGCAAAGCAACCUCUUCAGAUUGUAUUAGCAAAGAGUUCAGAUUCACUUCAACUCCCUGCUGUUACAGAUGACACAUCAUCUAAAACUAUAAUCUUCAGUAAUAAGGAGAUUACUGUGAAGCUUGGAGCAAGUCAAAGAGGGAUAGAGACAGUAGUUAUGGAUAGGAUGAAUUUAACAGCUAUCCUUGAACACUGCAAGCGUCAAGGACUGUGUAGUGUGAUGUUGGACUUGAGGGGAAACUCCACAGAUUUUGAGGAAAUCCUGCAAGAGGGUUUUGAACAAAAUUUUUUUCAGAAGGUUAUUGUGGAAGUGUUGCCAAUUUUGGGUGGAAGUGGUAAAGAGGCUUUUAAGCACAUGCAGCAAAACCGAAGGCUGAAGAACUUAACAUCGAGGACUUUAGGCGAGAGUAUUCUGCUGGAAGGAUAUUUCUAGGUGGAUGAGUAUUUUAGUGAACUUAAAAUCUGGUGUUAGAUUGUACAAUGAGGGUGAUCAUACAAGAAAUGUUCCAGUUAUAAGAGAGAGUUAGACAGGCAGCGGCAACAAGUCUACAAGCAUAUCAAAAUUACAUUCCUGCCUCUGUCUCUGGACCAAUUGCUACUUUUUUCAUCUCUCGUCAAAACUAGGCUAAGAGGUCCAGAGUGAGAUCAAAUAUUCUCUUGUCAAUGUCGUAGAACUGGCUGUGCUUUGUACUAAAGUCUUGGCCCGUUCAAAUUUUUGCUAGAAAUCGUACCAUAUUAAGACAAGCAUGUAAUGUUGCUUUCGUUCUUGCAUCUUCAAUUGACAGUAAAGAUGGCUGUGUGUUUUGGUCUUCACUUCCAUUUGAUUAUCUGCUGCACUUGUCGAUUGC